AACCGUCCAAACUUCGGCCCAAAAUUAACCGAUAUCUGACUUCUAAGGAUCAGGAUCAAGAAAGGCCCAAGCUUGGCCCAAUCUCCAUCUCUUAUAUACCACCGUCGCAGUAGAAAUGUUUUGUUAGGGUUUUGAAAGGUCACAGCAACGAAGGGUUAUUUGAUGGGAAAAGCAGAUAAAGAUUUGAGCCUUUAUGAUGAGAAGCCGUUGCAGGAUGUUGAGAUGGAUGAUACUGAUGAAGAAACGUCUGAACCUGAGUCUGAAUCAGAGGAGGAAGAUGUGAAGUUGUCUAUACCUUCACAGAAUGCCAUAUACAACAGAGAUGGUCUCAAUGACAAACUUCAAGAUAUUUGUUGGCCAGAGAAUGUGGGGUGGAUACACAAGCUUUCCAUUGACAUUGAUCAAGAACAAGAAGUGGAUGUGAAUGAUGACCUGGCACGAGAGCUGGCUUUUUACACACAGGCAUUGGGGGGAACAAGACAGGCCUUUGAGAGGCUUGAGUCAAUGGGGCUCCCUUUUCUCAGGCCUCCUGAUUAUUAUGCCGAAAUGGUGAAAUCAGAUGCUCACAUGCAGAAGAUUAAGGGUAGGCUUUUGGCUGAGAAGAAAAACAUCGAAGAGUCUGAGGAGAGAAGGAAGGCUAGAGAAGCAAAAAGACUUUCUAAAGAGAUUCAGGCUCAGAAGAUGAAAGAAAGGGCUAUGCAGAAAAAAAUGGAGAUAGAGACUGUUAAGAAGUGGAGGAAGCAAAGACAGCAAAGUGGUUUUGCUGUGGGUGACAAAGACGGUGAAAUGAAUUUAUCCUUUGAGGAUGGAAAGGUAUUUGAAAGGUCAAAAAAGAAGAGACCAGGGGUAUCUCCAGGAGAUCGGUCUGGAGGGAAAGUGAAACAAGAUUGGAAAAAAGGAGGCAAAAAUAGAGUGGAGAAGAAACAGGUGAAAAGGGAUGCAAGGAAUUCCAAAUUUGGAUAUGGUGGGAGAAAAGGCUUGAAGAAGCAGAACACAGCUGAUACCACUGACAAUUUGAGAGGCUUCAACAAAGGUGGUGCGCCAGGAAGUAAGAAAAGGAAGAGGUGAUGUGCUAGUCUUUGGUUUUGCUAUAUGCAAGUGUUAGAAACCAGUAAUCCUGUUUCAACCAUCUCUGAGUUUUACUAUGCUAUUUAUUGAAAUUUUUGGAAGAGCUUUGUUAUAGCGUUGAUCCCUAAUUUAUUUAAACUUCAAGCUCUUGGAUUCUGUGCUGUUGGGUUUGAAGUGACAAUAUCAGGUUACUUUUUGUGUUACUUGCAGUAUCAAGAAACUAGCAAAUCCAUCAUGCGUAAUGCUGAUAGCACCGUAUAGCUUAAGCUGAGUAAAUGUAACAUAUGAGCAAUUGUAUUUUGCAUUCUUCACAAAGAGAAUUGGAUGCUUAUCUGCAGUUUGUUCUUGGUGUUUC